AUGGAACAUGUUGUAAAAUACACGAACUGCUCUAGAGAUGACCCAAUAAUCCUGUCAGUGGAUAACCAUGAGAGCCAUCUUUCUGUAGAUAUGUUACAGUAUGCCAAGGAUAACGGUGUUCAUGUCAUAACACUUCCACCCCAUACUAGCCAUAAGACCCAACCUCUAGACAGAUCCGUAUUCGGCCCAUUAAAAAGUUGUUACAAUGCUGAGGCGAAUUCAUGGAUGAUGAGAAACCCAGGACAGUGUAUUACAAUCUAUCAGGUAGCAGGACUUGCUGGAUCAGCUUGGUUGAAGGCGGCAACUCCCACAAAUGUCAUCGCAGACUUUAAAGUUUCAGGAAUUUGGCCUUUUGACCGUCACAUGUUUAAAGAUGAAGAGUUCCUGCCUGCAUCAGUAACGGACCGUGAUGCUCCUGUACCUCAGGAUGAGAACAGUCACGAUGAAACGGACCGAGCUGAACAGACCGAAGACCUGGAUCACAGAACCCCUAUAAAGGAGACAGACAAUCCAACUCCUGGAACCAGUGGCUUCAUUUCUCCAGUAGAUAUAUUGGGGUAUCCAAAAGCGCCUGAAAGAAAAUCAACAUCAAAUCGAGGCAGAGAGAAAGGGAAAUCAAUGGUAGCCACUUCCACACCUGAACUGAAAAGAAAAUCAACAUCAAAUCGAGGCAGAGAGAAAGGGAAAUCAAUGGUAGCCACUUCCACACCUGAACUGAAAAGAAAAUCAACAUCAAAUCGAGGCAGAGAGAAAGGGAAAUCAAUGGUAGCCACUUCCACACCUGAACUGAAAAGAAAAUCAACAUCAAAUCGAGGCAGAGAGAAAGGGAAAUCAAUGGUAGCCACUUCCACACCUGAACUGAAAAGAAAAUCAACAUCAAAUCGAGGCAGAGAGAAAGGGAAAUCAAUGGUAGCCACUUCCACACCUGAACUGAAAAGAAAAUCAACAUCAAAUCGAGGCAGAGAGAAAGGGAAAUCAAUGGUAGCCACUUCCACACCUGAACUGAAAAGAAAAUCAACAUCAAAUCGAGGCAGAGAGAAAGGGAAAUCAAUGGUAGCCACUUCCACACCUGAACUGAAAAGAAAAUCAACAUCAAAAUCGAGGCAGAGAGAAAGGGAAAUCAAUGGUAGCCACUUCCACACCUGA